CUUGCAGGUUGUGAAGGGUUGAUAUCCAGGGUUGUUGGAAGCAACCGUGCGUUUGUAGACAACCAGGUGGUUUAAGAUUCCUCCGAGGUAGGAUCACCACCGGCCUCAGGAUGAAUGAUUCUAGCUCAGAAGAGGACUACUGUUCCAGCCUUGGUCUCAUCCUCCCACUCACCGACGAGUCUGGGUGGAACCAUGGCUUCCGCUCCUUCAUCUACCUGUUCGGUCUCCUCUGGAGCUUCAUGGGUGUGGCCAUCAUUGCCGACAUCUUCAUGUGCGCCAUCGAGGUCAUCACCAGCUUGACCAAGAAGCUGAAGAUUGUCAAUGCUGCGGGCGAGGUGGAAGAGAUUGAACUGCGGGUCUGGAACGACACAGUGGCCAACCUGACCCUGAUGGCUCUGGGCUCCAGCGCGCCGGAGAUCUUGCUCUCCGUUAUUGAGAUUGCAGGGAACGGGUUCCAGUCGGGACAGCUCGGCCCGAGCACCAUCGUCGGGUCCGCUGCCUUUAACCUGCUCAUCAUCACAGCUGUUUGCAUCACGGGUAUCCCGAAAGGAGAGACCAGACGGAUCAAGAGGAUAAAAGUGUUUGGUGUUACCACGUCUUUCUCUUUAUUUGCCUACAUCUGGUUGUACAUUGCUCUUCAGGUUAGUUCUCCUAAUAUAGUGGAGCUUUGGGAAGCAGUCUUGACCUUCAUCUGCUUUCCUCUUCUUGUUGUGGUGGCUUACAUCAUUGACAAAGAAUUCUGUGGGAAGAAGGAACAUGAGCCAGACAUGGAACUUGGUCUCGGUAAGAAUUCAAUCAUUCAUAUUUUCAGCUAUCAUACACAAUAGCAAGAUACUAUUCUUUUUAUGUGUAAAACUAAACUUACAUUGGAAAAAAAUGCUUGUGUCUCUUUUAUUUUGCGAUGUUGACUGGAGUCCUGUUGCAUAGUACAUACUAUUAUGGUAACUUUACCAUUGAAUGGUAGCUUUUAUUGAAUCCUUGCUUUUGAUUGGCUGUUGAGCAUCAUUGCUGUGCUAGCUAUCAUUGAAUGGCAAAAUUACCAUAAUAAAAGCCUAAGGCCUAAUUUUUUUUAUAAUUAAUGAAACCUGCCUUCUUUUUAUGUAUCCUUAGAAUGGGAAUCAUGAUUAUUUCAAUGGAUGCCGAAUUGAUGUCUAUGUGUUACAGUUAUCUUAAAUAUGAAAGAAAUUUUGUUUUGCCCUUAUUCCAAACAUCCCACCAACAGAAAUACAUGUAACCUCUUCAGCCAGAUAUGGAACAAUGAGAGGAUCAAAGAGAAGUACAAAUGUACAUGUAGGCAACAAAACUAAAAAUAUCAACUAGUAGUAGUAUUAUAUUACCCGAUCCUUUCUUUGUAACAUGGUUUGAAUCCUUUCUUUCAGCUGCUGUAACUAGUCAUUUCUCGCAUUUCAAGUUGGUGAUUUGUAAGACAAGUUACAGUACAGAUAAGGUUUUCUUUAACUUUCAAGAAACAAAUUGAAUAAUAUGUCUUCAACAUGUACCAUACCAUAUUUUUUUUCUUUUCAUAAUAAUGAUGGUGUAUAUUCUUGAAAAUUAAUUGUAACAUUGUUUAAGCUGUAUAUAAUGCUUUGGAAAAGUAUAAUCCUCUCAAACUUUUUAAUCAUGAUAUAUUUGAUUACAGAAUUUUAUUGUGUAUUUUAUGCCAGAGACUCUUAUAUCAUUGUUACUAACUACCAAAAAGCAGGUGAAAUCUUUGUUUUGUAUAUAUUUCCAUCUUCUUCCCUAAUCAGCCCCUACCACCAACUAUGGGACACUUCAGGCAUCAAAGCAAUGUAUGCAAGAAAAAAUAAUUUAAAUUCUAAUGAUGGUUCUUUCAUUUCUUGAUAUCAGACUAGGUUCUAGAGAUUACUAAUCACUGAACAUCAAUUGUUGUAUGUAUGCCAACAUUAGGAACACAUUUUAGCUGAAAGCAUCAUUCCUAUUGAGAUCCAUUCUUCAAAUGACACUGUUAAAUUGAGUAUUUGUGUGUUUCAUUAGAAUAUCAGGACUGUAUGUGAUAGAGAGAAACCUAGAAUGUUUUGUAUUGAAUUAGAGUUACAUUUAGUUUUCUAACCAACAUUCAAUUAUCUAUCAACUUCUAUAUUUGUGAAUUCAGGGAACUGAAGAAUGUCAUGUCUCAUUUUCGCCCCACUUUUUAGUAUUAUGUAAGUGAAAUAGGGUGACAAAAUGAAAGAAGAAAAUGGGAGGAAAUAAAGAAAGUUGAUUCCGGGAAAAUGAUAAAUGGAAUGAAUGAUGUGGAUAAUGUACCACAGAAACUAAUGUGGUGACUUUUUCUUGGUAUUUGCUUUCUUCUUGAUAUUUUUUUUCGAAGACUAUGACUGAAUAAACCUUACAGGGGUUUUGUUUUAUUGCUAAAAAAAUCUGAUACUAAAAAUUAAGAGCUUUAUCUUAGUGCUCACAUUUAAAUAUGUAGGGUGGUCAGGUUUGAAGAGGAAACCCUGAUGUAACACCUCUCGCUUUCAGGGCAGUAUUUUAUGAAGAGUUUUGACUUCUUGGUAUUUGGUGUUUUCUGGGUAUAUUUUUUUGAAGGCUAUUACUGAAUAAAACAGGGUUUUGUCAUAUUGCUAAACUGAAACCUGGUACUGUAUUAAUCAAAAGCUUUAUCUUAGUGAUCAGGAUGGUCAGGUUCAAAGAGGAAACCAAGUUUUAACUCAUCUUGACUUCAAGGGAGUAUUGCAUGAAGAGUUUUCUUGGUAUAUUGAUGUCGAAGGGUAUCACUGGACAAACCUUAGAGGGGCUGUUCAUGACUGGUUUCAUUGCUAAACAGAAACCUGAUACUGAAAAUCAAAAGCUUUAUCAAAGUGAUCACAUUUAAAAAUGCAUGAUGGUCAUGUUCGAAGAGGAAACAAAGUUUUGAGCAAAUCUCACUUUCAAGGGAGAAUUUCAUGUUCAAAGUUUUGUUAGUGAUUGUCAUUGACUAAUCUACUUUCAGCCAAUCAGAUUCAAUGGUUUCUACUAGUUUGUAACAUAUUUUUGUGAAAAUCACUGAUGGAUAUCUCUGUGAAACACUCCCCAGGCCUGGGUCUUGUUUCCAAGGCUUCAGUAAACAGAUUUCAACCAUUGCCACUGGCAAACUUUCCACAUGGAGACACAAAACAUUGGUGUAUUCCUCCACUCGCAAAUGUAUUGUAUCUGAUGUUUACACAGGAGUAGUGACUGAUAGCUAUUGUUAUGUAAUCCUUUUUUUCAAUUCCUCAUUGAUUCAUGAAACUGCUUUUCCUUAUUGGCUACCAGUGUUUGUAUCUUUAGCCUGUAUUUGGGUAAGAGAAUUGGUAUUGAUAACAUAUAUUUUGUAGAACAUGAUAGUGGAUUUAUUGAUAGAAAUACACUAGGCUUGAUGUAUAUUCUGUUGUACCAGUUAUUUUUUUUUUUUGUGGGGGGGGGGGGGGUGAGGGGUAAAUGGAUUGCAAGAUAUACACACAGCUUUAUAUACCCUAGUCCUACAUGGACAAGUCUGUUUCUGCACUGAUGUUGAUUCUGCUUUAUUUCAAAGAGUUAAUGUUAUGAUCCAAUACUUAAAGUCUUGGGAGGGGAGGGGGGGGGGGGUUGGUACAUAUGGAUAGCUAAAUAUUUCGUAUCUAUUGGUCUGCAAAAUGGGCUGAAUUAUAUUUUUCAUUUCAAAUUUUAAUGGAUUCAUUGUAACUUAUUGUGAUGUAUAUGACUACACACAAAAUGUGGUAUUCCCUGUGCAUUCUCCCUCCCAUGAUUAGCAAUUCAUGGAGCGUGCUUCAUAAUUCAUUUUGGCACUUCCUGUUUUAGCGACAAAUCUCUCUGAUUCUCCCACCUGCUCUGUGUUGAUAAACCAGACGGGAGUUAACCUGACAAACGAAAGCCGAGAUAAAAAGACACAAAAUGCCACCAACACAACGGAUUCCAUACAUGUUGGAUCAACGAUGUGAUGCUGCCAUGACGCAUUUGCUUUUACAGAUUACGCUAUUAGGAAACGAUUGUGAGAGGAUUUUAGCGCUGCGAGGUGACUAACAAUGGAGGGAUGAUUGAUGGGGGAAGAGGAGGGAAUCGCAAGGUGGGGUUGAAAGAGAUGUUGAGAUUUACAUCUUUAAUACUAUCUCAAUAUUAAUAAAAUUAACUGGAGUUUCAAUUAAACACUCCAAUCUAAACAUACAUGUAGUGUAGUGGCUGUUCAUUUUUUCAUCAGUUAAUUUUCUUUGGAGAUUUGACCUUCCGUGAUAUUUAGGGUCCUUUCUCAGUGAUGGUUUUGUUUUUCUUUAAAAAGGUACCCAUUUAGCAUAUUAGAAAGCUAAAAAAAUACAAGAAGAAAUUUUUUGCCAUCUCCAUGCCCGAAAAGUGGUUUUAUAAAAAAAAAUAUUAGGCAUAUCCAUGUAAUUUUCUCUUGGUCUGGAUCCAAACUAAAAUAUAUUUAUAAAUUGCAAACACACCUAUAAAAACACACAUUUCAAUGAAAAAAAUCAAUAAUUUGUAACAUUUUAGUGCUUAUUAGUGCUGCAUUUACUUUCCCCAGUUUUAGCAUGGCUAACGUUAUCAGGCACUCGUGCAAUAAAGGAAUUGUUUCCUAUUGGUUAUCUAUUUACUUCACCUGGGUGGAGAGUGGCAAAAUGCCUUGCCAAAGGACAUGAGUAAUAGGAUGGGAUUUGAAUCCUGGACCUUGUGGUUCAAGACAUGUCCACUGAGCCAUAACACGUCUAAAAUAGAUAUCCUCCACUCCAUAAACAAUUUUUAUUCUCCUUUAAAGAAAAAAUAGUGGCUAGCACUUUAGGGAACUACUUAAAUUUGGAAGAGAUUUUAAAUGAAUAACCAUGACAGUGUCACGCAACAUCCAAUUUACAAUCAUCUAUUAAGUUAUAGAAUUUAUGAUUCGCACAAAGGUGAUAAAUACCCAAUAAAGAUCUUCUGAUAUUGAUACUGCUAAAACAUUGGCCCAUGUCAUGUCAUGUAAGUCUAGACAAUAACUCAAGUUUAUACUUUGGUCGAAAGAGUUGAAUUAUCAUAAUAUACUCCUGUUCAUUCCUCAUUUGAUCGAAGGGAUACUCAAGAAAUCUCCCUCUUGAUUUUUGAGAGCUCUGUGAAUAUUUAACCAUGGUCUCUAUAAACCUACUCAGGUCUUGUUGUGUUUGUAUUGUAUAUUGAAGGUGUGAGUCUGUUUGCUAGACCAUCUAGGCAAACAUUUAUUCAGCAAGAUAUUAAUCUGAUCAGUCAGUGAAUGCUAUGUCUGUCUAAAUUCUGUUUGAGCUGAAAUUUCCAAGAUGUGCAAAUGAGGCAAGAACGUUUCAACAGUAGUGUAGGGUAGUCAUUCUGAUAUUGGAAACAUUUUUUCAAUGAAAAAAAAAACGUGUUGCAAAGAAAGAAGAAAAUUGAAAGAGAGAGGAUUUAUCAUACUUGUGGUUUAUAUUGGAUUAAAUAGAGGAAGUUUGUCCAUGCGAUUCCAGGAUAUAUUUUCCACUUUGACUUCCUGAAUUACUAGUUUUACAGACAUUGCAGACGUGGGUCCUGUUGAUAUGCAAGAAUUCCACCCCACUCAUCCAUUCCUUAUAAUGCACAGUAUGAUAUAAAAAUACAAUUUAAGUCAUAUUUGUUUCUUUUUUUAUCCCUUUGUAGAAAAAAGUAUUCAAAUCAGAAUUUGUUUUUGUAUUGUUUUUAAAAGAUUCCAUACAUCAAUUCAAGUAAAACAAUCAAAAAACAAUUAUGAAAAUGAUAUGAAUCACCAUAUCAUGCAUCAAUAAGUUUCAGAGCCCCAUGAGAUAAAGCAAUUGAAUUGGAUGGAAAAUUAAAUUUCACAAAGAUAACAUCGAAAUUUCUAUGUAAAAAAUUAGAAAAUAUCAGCACCUCAUUCAUUCAGGAAAAAUCUGUAAAUCCUUGGCUAUCUUCCAGAGUCUAUGUUUAGAUUUAACUUGUCGUUUAUUUGUGUGCAACAUGUGGCCUCAUUGCCUUGUUAGUCAAUCAAAGGGGCUACUAAACUCAUUAAGGCCUGUCCUGUUCACAUUGACUGUUGCUAUUCACAAAUUUUUAAUUUCAUGUGUAGUUCUCUGGUUGUUUUCAUCAAAGCUUGUUCAGAAACUUGUAGUUUGGGGUUCCGUGGUGUGGGGUUUCAAGGUGUUGCUGAUUUGUGCUCUUUCAUCAGUAUAAAUAGACUUUUAUGGAUAGAUACAAGAUUUGAUCAAUUUCAUCAGUAUACAGUGCAUCUUAAAAAGAAAAACAAAACUGAGAAUUAUUGAUUUAUCAUAACUUAUAGUCAUAAAUACAAAAGACAAUCUCUUCUUUCAUCUGGUAUAACUCAGAAGAUUACUCAUUAAUCAUUCUUACAUGAGUGAGUAAAAACGAUUUGAAGAAAGAGUACGGUAUUAAAGAGUCACUUGUCAGGGGGUAUAUGAAUUUAAAAUGAAUAUCACAUGUCUAAAAGUUCAAUAUCUGCUCUUUAAUUUGAUACCUCAAUCACAGAAAAUGGUAUAAAAAUAUCAAAGUUCUGAGAGUAAAGUAAUGAAUUUAAAUAUACAAAAAUAACUAGGAAGAAAAAAUAAACUAAUAAAUUAAAAGGAAAUGAGU